GCGUUCUCCGGACGUGGCGCUUGGCGUUCUCCCGACGCGCGCAGCCCCGCCCGCCCUCUCCAUUUAAAGCUGUCUUUAUCGGUUGAGGUUAAACCUCGCGAACCUCCGCUGCGUCCUGCCCUCAGUUGUCAGUUUGAUCACGAAAAUGUCCGGCGAUGCCGUUGCUCAGAGACCCCUGUUCGGUGGCGCCAUCAUGACCACAUUCCCUCUGCGAUUCGAGGAUGUCAGCAAGAUUCGGGAUGUACCCGACAAUCAGGAGGUGGUUGUGGACCCUUCCCGGGAUGAGAGCUUGAUUUUCGAGCUGUUGGAUAUGAAGCAUGAGUUGCCGGAUGACCAGAGUGCGGCAUGGUUCCUUCAGGACCUCGCGAACGAGCAAGAUGCUGGGCUCGUCUCGGCGAUCCAGCAGUCUGCAGUACUGAAUGCCCCAGGAUUGACAUACAGGGAUAUGCCUGCAGUUGUUACCACUGCAGUUGGACAAAUGGCUAUUUCCAAAGGUCGGCAAGGAAGGGAGGCACAAAACAUUGUGAAGGUCUAUUUGGCGAAUAUCCGUCUCAGAGCGGUUGCUACUGAUGUGUUAAUUGUCGCAUACGAGCCUCUUCUGAUAAACCCUUUGAGCGAAACUGCCGGAACAGUCGGUGCAGGUUUAGCAGUCCCAGCGGCCCAGGUAGGGAUCUUGCCUAUGGAGGAAGUCUUCAAGCUGGCGUACUCUAACUUCACGAUCAAUGACUGGAGCCUUUUCAUCAAUUAAUCAGCAACAUUCUUGGACUGGUCAGGAGAAUCUAAGCAAAGUGGAAGGGCGUGUUCUUGGGUCCAGAUUAAGGUGUACAGAGAAUGUUAGGUUUACUUUCUAUGGCUUUCUUCGUGCGUCUCUCAUCUCCAACCAAAGUCGGGAAGGGUAGAUAGGUUUGGCUUUCACAUACCUCGUGCUUUUUGCAGCGUCGUUCCUGGAUUUGGUCUGCAAGGUGAUGUUCGGAAUGAAUGGUUACUUCACGUGUUCAUGGAAUGUCUAGAAAGGAAUGCUUUUAGUUUGUUAAAACUCAUUUGCUUUAUAGUCAAGCAUAUAUAUGAGUUUAUUCGUUCUCAA